ACCGACCCAGCGCUCCACUCGAGUGCGUGAGAUAACCAUUUCAUUAUUGAACCUUUAUAAGGACUUGCACGAGUUGCGCCACCUUGCUCAGUCUCUUGCCAGUCGACAUCAUGAACGCCAAGAUCAUCCUCGCCGCCAUCGCGGCCGUCUGCUGCGUGCAGGGCAUCGCCGGCGCCUCCCUGGACGCCCGCCGCCUGCCGUCAUGGAACGAGGUGGACGUGAGCGAGUUCGCUGACAUGGACUUCGAGGACGCUGCGGAGCAAAUCAUGAUGAUGGUCGACCAGCUGGAGGAGGAGACCGGCAUGGACCUGGACCUGGACGUCCACCCCCUGAAGCAGCAGCGCGCCGUCAAGAACGUCUUCACCUGCGCCACCAGCAUCCUGAACGUGAGUAGCUCACAGUGCUGCCACACAAGCGGGCGAAAACUCCCACGCUGCAACCCUUUCACUCUGGUGAAUCGUAGGAGGGAUUUUUCGACCGCUAAAGGUGGCAACGUCGGCAGCUGCCAGGCAGUUAAGGAAGUAACACGCGCCUUUCUGAUGCAGCUGGGCAAGACCCUGAACCAGGUUGUGAAACUGUUUGCCGAGUUCCACAACGAGAAGGUCGCAUACAAGGCGGCCAAGGCGGCCUGCACCGCCACGCCCUCCUUCCUCUACGACGACGCUCCCGCCACUCCUGCUCCCGACGCUCCCGACACUCCUGCUCCCGACGCUCCCGACACUCCUGCUCCUGCUCCCGACGCGAGCGCCUGCCUGGCCGAUGCCGAGACCGCCUACAAGGCCGCCGUCAAGGCCAGCAAGGGCAAGAUUCCCGGCACCGCCAUCAAGACCCUCACCUCCGUGAUCGCUCUCAAGAGCUGCUUCUCCCUCAUCUAAAUCUCUCUCUUCGAAACAUCAUUGUUUUGACUAGAUAAGCAAUUAAAAUAAUUAUUUCAAAA